AUAAAUGCUUCGGGACAACCAGAACCUGCGAAGUUCCUUGAAUAUGUGAACCGUGUUAAUAAUUCAGGCAUUAAAAGUCAAAUGCAACAUAUUUAUGAUAAAUGCCAGAAUGUCAAAGGGGUGGAGAAAUGCGAUCUCGCCGAGCAAUUUGCUAUAUGUGCUUUUAAGGAAUCGCCAGCACUGAAAGAACGGAUGACCACGUUAUUGGAGAUGUUAGUGAAGAUGAAACCAAAAUCGAAAUAAAUCCCUGCAGUCACCCAUACUAAUUUGUCCACUUUCAAAUCUGUUUUCUUUAAUAACAUUAUAUAGACCUACCUAUAGGUAAAUACUGUUAAUACUUACAAGACCAAUUAUAAUUAUAUUUAAUAAUUUAGAUUUUCGAUUUACCUAUAAGAUUAAAUAAACAUGCAAUUUCAAU